AGAUUCAGAUAAAGGAAGUGGUGAGGCUGAAUAGCUGACAAGUUUUCUGAGAAGAGACCAUUUUGUACUCAGAGGAAGCAGUUGCUCUCUUGGAUAUUCUUGCACCAUAACUCAGAAGUAAAAGCAAAACUAUUUAACAAAAGCUCUGGGUAUUUCUUAGACAAGUGGAUUAUUGAAUUUGCUGCAGGUAGCCACAGGCAGAAAAUCUAUGGCUGCCUGUUUCAUUAAAACUACUGGCAUGAAAAUCCUGUAACUGCUUAGGAAAAAAGAGCUGAAAUGGAUUUACAAAACAUUCCCUAUCGCUCAGUGGUGGUCGCUUGGAGCCCAGAUGACCUGGCAGACUACUUCAAGAAAUUAAAGUAUAAGGACUGUGAAAAAGUCGUCAGAAAACACAGCAUAAGUGGACAAAGGUUUUUGAACAUGUCUGAAAACGAUAUUCAGAAAUUUCCCAAACUGAGUGUGCCAAUCAUAAGUAAGUUAAGUCAAGAAAUCAAUAGGAAUGAAGGAAGAAUAAGUUUCUUCCCAAAACGGACCCAGCCGCAGAAGUUUCCUGACAAUACAGGAUGCUGUCAAGAAGAGGAAGAAGGCUGGUCUUCAUUUGAAGAAGAAGAUGAUUAUGAAAGCCCAGAUGAGGAACAGGAACAAGACGCUGAUUAUGAAUCACCAACUGAUGAACCAGAACAUGACAGUGAUGAUUAUGAACCUCCUCCAUCCAACAAUGACGUAGCACCCCAUAAUGUCAUAUUUCCUGCCAAGUCAAUUCCAAGCAACACUGAGUACAUAGAUAGACCCACAACUGCUAGACCAUCUCCCCAGCCUCCUAUUCCACCACAGCGACCUGGCCCAUCCCCUGUACCAGCAUCAUAUGCGGGUAGAGGCACUCCUAUGUCACCUUACCCUCCUCCAUCAAGCAAUAAUGAUAUGAAUAGAGAUAAAAGUGCCAAGCCUUUAAAACCCCCAGCUCCUUCUAUAGACAGACGUACAAAACCCACACUGGAUCGUCCUGGGCCGACGUUUGAAAGAGACAGCCCAGCAGCAGGGAAGAGGGCAGUGUUUCCUGACAAGCCCAUGGCACCACAACUAAGAUCUCUGGGAGAACAGUUAGCAAAGAUACAAAAGCCUCCCAUACCACCAGCUGAUAAACCUGAAAGAGGCAAUCCAGUCCCUGGAAGGAAGCCACCACCCCUAAAGCAAGGUUGGGCACCAGAAAGAAGAUAUGAUGAAGAAGAUGAGUCAAUCCCCCAGAGACCAGCACAACAGCUAUCUUUGCCCCCCUUCAGCUCCAACACAUUCCCUUCAAGGACUGUCAAGCCACCCCCUAAACACAGUCCUUCAGGAUCCAACAGUAUGCCUGGACCAUAUGCAGAAAGUACUAACAGCCUUUCUUCAAGCGGAUCACUACCGCCACGCUUUCAGCUAGGUAACAUCAAUAGAGCUCCUUCAAAAGGCUCAGCAGAUGGCAGACCUCCAUUACCAAUUCCUAACAGGCAGGUUGUGCAGCCACCAAGCAUGGAUGAAGAUGAGUUUCAGGACUCACUGAAUGCAGAGUGGUAUGUUGCAGACAUCAGCCGGCAGGAAGCAGAAGCAGCUCUUAGGAAUAUAAAUAAGGAUGGGACAUUCUUGGUGAGAGACAGCUCGAGAAAAACUUAUACACAUCCAUACGUACUGAUGGUAUUAUACAAAGAUAAAGUAUAUAAUAUUCAGAUUCGUUAUCAGGAGCAAAAUCAAAUUUACUUGUUAGGAACUGGCCUGAAAGGAAAAGAGGAUUUUUCUUCAGUGGCAGAUAUUAUUGAUUACUUUCAAAGAACACCCCUUCUGCUGAUUGAUGGAAAAGACCGAGGUUCAAGAAACCAAUGCAAGUUAACAUAUGCUGCAGGAUCUACUUAGAAGAAAUCUUAAUAUCUGGGAUCAACGGUCUACAAGAACAUACAAACCUCAUGAUAUUUCCAUUUGUAUUCAGCGAACUGAAAUAAUGGAUUAAAAUUCCUUUUGAUUUUAAUGAAAAAAUAUAAUUCUCUCAUUUUAAAGUGUGUUUUUAAAAAAACAGAUUUGCAAAAUACUUUCUACAAUGUAUUUAUUACUCUCCAUUGUUCAUACACUGCAUGAAAACUCUACAUGUGGGUGAUGUCAUUUUCCAACUUCCAUCUCGCAUGUGAAGUGUUCUCCAUUCCAUAUUACAGGAUCACAUGUGGUUUACAUAGCAGAGAAUUACAUUGCUUUCUUACAAAGCAAAACUAUGCAAACUAUUGUUCAAGUUUAUGGUACCAAUUACAUUAAGCUGCAAACUGAAAUCAAUUAAUGUCUGUAUAAUGCUUGUACAGUACAGAGUAACUGCUAGUGACUGUUACCUGUAUUGAAAGAUUGUAUUAUUUACUUUGAUGUAUUUUAUGUAAGUUGAUAUAAAAUUUAAAAAACCAUGUGUAAAUUGAGUCAAUAAAAAUGCCAUAUGUCACAGUC